CGUGACUACUGCCAGCCAAUCAGCGGUCAUCUGUGCUGACCGGAAUUGUCGCUUGGUUACAGGAGCUCUACGGUAGAGGAGAGCUAGCCGGCUAGCAGCGUCUCUCAAUCCGUUUUCUCUUUGUCACGGUAUUCAUAUCUACCGUCAGCUCUCUGUGCGAAGUAGAGACAGUCACGAAUGGUGAAGAUAGAAUGCAGAGUUCUCAACUUGUUUUCUGUUCACUUAUUGAAAGCUGCACAUUUAUGGCGUUUGUCAGUGUGAGUGGAGACUUCUGCCAGGCACAGCACCUGGUCAUUGUGGACAAGUGAACAGAGGGCCUGCCAUAUGAAGAUUAUACUACCUGACUGCCCGUCUUACAUUCUGCACUUUCGGGGAGCAUCUUUUUUUUUUGUCCAAAGUUGAAGUGUAUGAAUCGGUUCGAGCCAAUCCAGGUACUAGAGAGCGAAUCGUUUUUCCCUCUCUCUAGUGCCAACUGAUCAUCUCUCCUCUCCUGAAUGGGAAGAUUCGGAAGUUGUUGUUUUUCUUCCCGUCAAGUACAAUUAAAACUUCAGUUGAGUGUCAAUAUGAAUCGCCCUGCUCCUGUUGAGAUAACUUACGAAUGCAUGAGGUUUCUCAUCACUCACAAUCCCACCAAUUCACAGCUGACCAAGUUUACAGAGGAACUGAAGAGCUUUGGAGUGCAGACGCUUGUCCGGGUUUGUGAUGCAACUUAUGACAAAACACCAGUGGAAAAAGAAGGCAUUGAAGUUUUGGAUUGGCCUUUUGAUGAUGGUUGUUCACCCCCUGACCAAAUUGUUGAUGACUGGUUGAAUCUUCUCAAAUGUAAAUUCAAGGAUGAACCAGGCUGUUGCGUUGCAGUACAUUGUGUUGCUGGAUUGGGACGAGCUCCUGUCUUGGUGGCAUUAGCCUUAAUCGAAUGCGGGAUGAUGUAUGAAGAUGCUGUCCAGUUUAUUCGACAGAAAAGGCGUGGGGCUUUUAACGCCAAACAACUUAUGUACCUUGAAAAAUACAAACCCAAGAUGCGCCUGCGCUUCAAGGAUGCCAAUGGUCAAAACUGCUGCAUUCAGUAGAGAAACAUUCGUCCAAAGGAACUUUGGAAACUAUUGACAUUUUUAUUGUUAGUGUUAUGAUCAAUUUUUAUUUGGCUAUUAUAUUAGACUGGGAUUUUGCUGUAUUACAGUGCCAAGCACACAAACAGGUUACACAGCAUUGGUGUUUUUUUUUUUUUUUUUUUUUUUGACCAAACAGUUUAGCCAAUCAUGUAAACUCACAGGCAAAGCGCAAUGUUUUUCAUUGUGACAAACACAUUGGUGUAAUGAUUGACUGCAGUUGUUAGUGUUUUAUGCCCUCUCUAAAACUAGGUGUCCCCAGUUGUCUGGAUUGUGUAACAACAUCCUGCAGUACAUGAAAAAUUCACUUUGUUGGUGAAUUGGUUGGUGAAUGUUUGUCAGCUUCUCCAAAGUUACAUGGGCACAACUACUGUAUCUAAUGUUAUAGAUAUUAAACAUUCCAAGACAUAUUCACAGCACUAUUGGACACUAGAUUGUGGUGGUCUGUAAAAUGGACAGAUGAAGGAAAUCCUAGUAAUCCAUCAACAAAACUUGUUCCUCUCUGAAUGAAAUGAGUCAAAUUCAUAUAAUAAUAAAAAAAUCAAAUAAUUUUA